AGUUCUACUCUGGAACAAAGUGCUUAUGAGAGCUGGUGGGUUCAUAAUUUUUUAAUAGAAACAGCAGUGGUGGUUGAUCAUAGUCUCUAUGUUCAUUGGGAAAAAAAUGUCUCAAAGUUGCAGGAAAAUUUAUAUGUUGUUGUAAAUAUAGUGGAUUCCAUUUAUGAGGCAUUGGGCCUUAAGCUGUUAUUGUUUGGUUUGGAGGUAUGGACUCAAGCAAACCAUAUUAAAGUAGACGAUCCAUGGAGAUCGUCGACGUUUUUUUGCCGUUGGAAGUAUGAAAACCUUGCUUCCCGCAUGCCACAUGAUACUAUACAUCUUUUUAUGCAUAAGACAUUAAAAGGAUUAAGUGGUCUAAGCUUUAUUGGCGGACUAUGUAGAAUAAAACGUGGUUGUGCAAUUGUUACUUUUUUAAACAAAUCCUUGACCAUUGCUGCAAUUGCGGUGGCUCAUCAUAUGGGUCAUAAUUUGGGUAUGUUUCAUGAUCUGUUUUUCUGUACAUGUGGAAAAUAUCAAUGUAUAAUGCAUUUUGAUAACCCACCAAUAACUAAAUUUAGCAAU